UACAAGAAGUAGAUCAGAGCCCAAUUGUCUCUUUGAUUUCUCUUCUUGUUCCAAACGAUGUAGUUUACUUGCUACUUGCAAAUCCUUAUGAAGACAUGACGUUGUCUGUCAUAUAUAGAAUCUAAACUCAAACAAGCUAUGUGGUAAGUACUUACCAAUGGCUUCCACCAGCAUUCAAACUGUCCGAUCCUCUUUUACCUCUGCUUUUUCUAAACCCCAGCCGGAAUAUGACGUUUUCCUCAGUUUUAGAGGAGAAACCCGUUGUAAGUUUACCGACCAUCUAUAUCAUGCUUUGGUUGAUAGAAAAGUUACCACCUUCAGGGAUGAUAAAGAACUUGAGCUGGGAGAGUCCAUUAAGCUGGAACUCUUGAAAGCAAUCGAGAAAUCGAGGAUUGCGGUUAUCAUUUUCUCUGAAAAUUAUGCAUCUUCCACAUGGUGCUUGGAAGAACUUGCAAAGAUUGUUGAAUGCAGAGAUAGAGGGAUAUUGACAGUAUUGCCCAUUUUCUACCAUGUGGAACCUACUGACGUGCGACAUCAGAAGAACACUUUUGCAGAGGCCUUUGCAAAACAUGAAAAGCGUUUCGAGGAGAACCCAAAAAUGGUGCAGAAGUGGAGAGCUGCAUUAACUAAUGUGACCAAUCUCGCCGGAGAGCGUUUAAAGGAUGGGGUGCAUGAGGCAAACUUUAUCCGAAGCAUUGUUCAGUGGAUAUAUUCGAAAUUGAAAGAGAAACGUUCAAAUGAUAUUGAAGAUGAUCUUGUUGGAAUAAGCUCUCGUGUUGAGGAAAUGAUUUCAUAUUUAGAUCUGGAAUCAACUGAUGUUCACUUUAUUGGAAUAUGCGAGAAGAGUGGUAUGGGCAAGACAACUCUUGCACGAGCUGUUUUUGAUAAGAUUCUUAACCAAUUUGAAGCUUGCAGUUUUCUCGAAAAUGUUAGAGAGGAAUCUAAAGCACAUGGUUUAAAGACUUUACAAGAACGACUCCUUUGUGAUAUAGGAAAAGGGGGAUUAAGGGUAAAGGAUGAGCAUAAGGGAAUGCAAGUUAUCAGCGAUAUACUACAUAACAAAAAGGUUCUUAUUGUUGUUGAUGAUGUGAGUGAAAGAAGUCAAUUAGAAAAAUUAGUAGGGAAGGGUGAUUUGUUUGGCAAAGGAAGUAGAAUCAUUGUAACUACCGAAGACAAAGAUUUGUUGGCAAGUUAUGAAAUUAAAAUUGUAUAUAAGGCUAGAGGACUAAAUGAAGUCGAAGCUCUACAACUUUUUAGUCUGAAUGCCUUCAACAAACCUCAUUGUGAGAAUGAUUUCCUCGAAGAUUGCAACAAUUUUGUCGAGUAUGCUCAGAGAAUUCCUUUGGUUCUUAAAGUUUUGGGUUCCUAUUUGUGUACUAGAACAAAAAAUGAAUGGGAAAGUGCUCAGAAUCAGCUAAGAGCAAUACCCCAUGAAAAAACUACUAAGAAACUUAGAAUUGCUUUUGAUGGAUUGGGGGCAGAGGAGAAAAAACUAUUUUUAGAUAUUGCAUGUUUCUUCAAAGGGGAGGAGAAGAAUUGUGUUGCUGAUAUACUAAAGUCAGUUUACUUCCUGGACAUUAAUCUAAAAAAUCUCAUCGACAAAUCUCUAAUUACUCUUGUAGGGGGGGAAAAAUUGUGGAUGCAUAAUUUAUUACAACAAAUGGGUUGGGAAAUUGUUAGUGAGGAAUCAGAAGAAGCUAGAGAACGUAGUAGGUUGUGGCAUUGUGAUGACGUCCUUGAUGUAUUAAAGAACAAUACUGGAACAAAACAUAUAGAAGGCAUGCUAUUAAGAUUGCCUCCAGAUGAAGAAGAAGAAUUGAAUGCUGAAUCAUUCUCAAAGAUGAAUAAACUAAGAUUGCUCAAAAUUUGUAAGGUGCGCCUUUCUUGCCUCAGUUAUCUUCCUAAUGAGUUAUGUUUGCUGGAAUGGCAUGAUUAUCCUUUGGAAUCAUUGCCUAAUAGUUUUCAGCCUGGUGAACUUGUUGAGCUCAUUAUGCAUCGCAGUUGUCUUCAGCAACUUCCAAGUGAAUUUAGUAAAUUGGGAAAGCUAAAGCUCAUUGACUUGAGUGACUCCCAAAACUUAACCCGAACUCCUGACUUCACUGGAUUCUCAAAUAUUGAGAGGCUGAAUUUCCAAGGUUGUACAAGAUUGCAUGAGUUGCACCCUUCUGUUGGAGGUCUUAAAAGACUUAUUCUAUUAAAUCUAAAAGAUUGUAAAUGUCUUAAGAACCUUCCAUAUGAGCUCAAUUUGGAAUCUCUUAAAACUUUAAUUCUAUCUGGCUGUUCAAGAUUUAAGAAAUUUCCCCGUAUUGGGAGAAACAUGAGAACCUUGUUGGAGCUUUAUUUGGAUGGGACUGCCAUUGAAGUACUACCACCAACAAUCAGGCGUUUAACUGGCCUGAUCUUAUUGAAUCUUCAAGACUGCAAAAACCUUAAGAGUUUUCCGAGUGACAUUCAUAGUUUGACAUCUCUUGAAAUUCUCACUCUAUCAGGAUGCAAGUGUCAACCACCAAAAGCAGGGCAUUUGCUUGGGCUCUCUCCUAUUGGAUCCUCAAUUGGUGCCACCCUCACUUUUCCGCGACUAAUUUCAUUUCUUUUUCUAUCUUUCCUAGCAUGGCGAUACACCUAUCUCAGAAUUCCUAUAUUUGCUACAACUGCUUUGUCAACGUAUUGUUUCCACAAUGCCCGGCAUCCUGAACCAGAGCCCAUCAACUUCUUGUUGUCUAAUUCGUUCUCAAAAUUAAGCACUUUGGUAACUCUAAGUCUAAGUGACUGCAAUCUGUUGGCACUCCCUGAUGACCCUAGCUGCUUGUUGUCAAUAGAGUAUUUGAAUUUGAGCAAAAAUAAUUUUAUAUGCUUGCCCGAUUGCAUUUCUCAACUUUCAAAGCUCAAAAUUCUUUUCUUGGAUCAUUGUAGCAAGCUUAAAUCGUUGCCAUAUGUUCCAUCAAGUACAAGGUUAGUUUCAGUACAAGGGUGUACUGCGCUUGAAAAUUAUUCAAAUCAAGUUGUUGUAUGGACUUUGGGUGUAGCAGGAUUCACUAUUAUUACUUGCCUUGGCUUGGCGGAGGAUGAAGAUGGCACAAUUGCUGAGGUUUCUCUGCUAGACAUA